GAAGCAAUUCCCUUCCACCCCUGCUAUUCCUAAGAUCCCGUCGUGGCAGAUUCCGCUGAAGCCCCCCACAGUGUCUGGGUCACCGUCCGUUAAUCACACCAACAGCAGCAGUGACAUCUCCCCUGUCAGCAACGAGUCCACCAACUCCUCUCCCAUCAACGAUGGACACCACAGCCCCCCGGAUGCACUGGGGCCAGACCGGGCCUGUGCUGUGAAUGGAGAUACUGAUGCUGGGGGCCUGAGCACAUCACUACCACUGGACCAGGUCCGCAUGGAGGUGCAGGGGGAGGAGGAAAAGAAGGAGGAGGAGGAGGAAGAUGUUAGCCAUGUAGAGGAGGUUUUAAGCAUGCAGACGGAAGAUCGACGAGGUGGAGAUGGACAGAUUAACGAACAGGUCGACAAACUGAGGCGACCCGAGGGUGCCAGCAACGAGAGCGAGGUUGAUUAGACGUCAGUAGUAAGCACAAAACCACUCUGCAGAACGCCACUUCUCUGUUUGUUUCUCUCUGCUCCUUUCUACUCAAACUGUUUAUUUUUUAAAUCUAUUUCCCCAGUCAGCGUCUACUUCCUUUUUUUUCUCACAUUGAGCAAACUGAGGAGUAGAUAUGAAUGAAGGAAGAUCCACGACUGACAAAUAUCAGUGUUUAGUGACACAUGGCUUGCCACACUUUUGAUCACACAAACAAAACUGCCUACUAAGCCUAGGCCCAUAGAGAGCCAUCGCUGUGAAAAGAGAAACGACAAGUGAUAGUCAAAUCACAUGAACUUUAAAAGCGUGUGUGCGGCUCUAACGACGUAUAACCAGCUGCUUUUAAUUUUCAUGAUUUGAUCAGAUAAGUCACAGCUUUGCCUUGGUGUCCUUGUAAUUGUACUAAGGUUCUCACUCUGAACAAAGAGUUAGUGCUUUGUGGGAUAGCUCCGCUGUGUGAUGCAGCUAUGGGUCAGGAAUCAUAUGUUACCUCGGUCUGUGAGCUCCCUGUCGAAACAUUUGCAGUUUGCCUUCGCUGUUGACGGCAAUAGGACAGGACAAGUUCUUCCAGGGCCGGAGCUUUUAGCCUCUUUUAUGUGUCCUUUCGCAUUGGUGUCAGUCUGUCAAUAAUUCACAAGGCCAGCAGGGUGGCAUUUGGGUGAAAUAAAAGCCCUGAAAUUUGAGAUUAGAAUGUGAUGACGGGCUUUGUUCCAUGCCGGUGUCAGAGUGCUCAUAUGCUCAGAGGAGGGGAAGAUAAAUGUCCCCCCCCACCCUCCUCUUCCUCUCUGCUUUCCUUUUUCACUGAGGGCUGAAUUCUGCAUCUUUGCGAGUGCAUUUGUGCGUGGCAGGCGAGAAAACCCAGACAGUCUGCUGAGCUAUAUAUGUGUCUCCAGCAGGGCAGCUGAUUUGGUUUGUGAAGUAUGUUAAUAAUCAAAUGAUCAACAAAUAACAGAUGUAUUAGUUCAUGCAGCUUGAAAUGUCAAGGAGGCUAAAAGCGGAAAUCUAAUACAGAAAGCCCAGUUGCAUCGUAUUAUUUUCUGUGACAAACCCUCCGGUCCAAAUUACGUAGGGCCUCCUACAGUGAGUAAUCUUUACAGAAAACGGCAACAAUAUUUUGUAAUUAAGCUGCAGUAAGACACAAGCGCUGCCACAGAUGGAAGUUGCAGAACUUGUAUUACUUUUUUUUCUUCUCGGUGUGGAGGUGGAUGGGGAAGUAAAAAAAAAUUGCCCCAUGAUUGAAAAGGAAAGUAAUAAAUGAAUACUUGACUUAUUGAAUUACUCACUGUGUCUCAAGCUAACAAGAAAAGUCCAUGACUGAGAAGAAGGAAUAUCGGCUCUUGAGCGAUUUCCAUCUCCAUUACAUGGCCCUACUCAGGAUCGCAGAAAAAGGUGGAGGAGCACAUUGCAUUUCUGAGUUACAGGUCUUGAUCUACACAUUAGGUUUUCCUACGCUUGUUGAGAUUAAGUACAGAAUAAUGAGCAACUUUGAAAUAUACUGUAUAAUUCAUUUUUAAUGUUUUGAAAUUAUUUUUUGUGAAUAUUUGUGUAAAAAAAGUUCAAAAAG